CUCCCCUCAACUGACACACACUCAACACAACGAGGAGUACCAUUCUGUCCUCAGUGAGACCACCAAGUCUCUUCAGAUCAGACCUAGAGAUCAGGACAUCUUUCCUUCGGGACCUCUUUGAUUCUAUUUGGAACACUAGGACCAGAUUCUUCUUCAGACUGAACUCGACAUACAGACGCAGUCUAGACUUUGGGACUACAGAUACAUCAUCUGUUCUGUUGGAUUGGAAUUGGACCUGAUUUCUCACUCAGACGUACAUUAUCGAUGGUCUGGAGUAGACAUAUACACUUCUGUCCUCUUGGAUUCUAUUGGAAUUGUAGUCUCCCUCUUUAGAAGAAAGGGUAUUUCUUGGAUUCUGCUCUAGCCCACUAGACUAGACCUGGGACUAAUCUUCCACUUACUCCCUUUGUGUUUUUGGAUUCUGUUGGAGAAGAUAUACUUCUUGGACUGUCUCUAACCAUAUUAUCCGGUUCUGAAUGCUGAAGCUAGUCGCUGACUCCCGGAAGAGAGGAGGUGGAGGAGGGAUUGGAGGGUGUGAGAUGCUCCCCUCACGCCCCAGUCUGUCUGUCCCCCUGCGGGUGAUUAUCUACGGGACGUGUGCCUUGGCACUGGUCAACACUGUGGCUCUCCUGGUGCUCCUAGUGCAACAGAACCAGCUGUGGAGCCGUGUGGAGCUCACCGAGGCCAGGCUGGAGGAGGUGGAACAGAGCUCCGUGGUGGAGUUCUUCCAGGAGGUGCUCCGAGGAGGUGUAGCAGCAGGAGGCGCAGGGAGGCUGGCGGAGCUAAGAGGAGGCCCAGGGUGGCUUGCAGGGCUGCGUGGAGGAGGUGCAGAAGGAGGUGAAAGGGGUCUGGGGAAGGAGCAGAGGGAGCAGGGGGAGUACCAGUACUCCCGUAACAAGAGGAGUCGUGAGCUGGAGAGGGAGCUACGACAGGAGUUAAAGGAGGAGCUGAGGCUAGAGCUGAGGGAGCUGAACCAUCAGGAGAGGCAGGAACUCCUGCAGGAGGUGACCCAGGGGCUACAUCAGGGGCAGGAGGUGACCCAGGGGCUACAUCAGGAGCAGGAGGUGACCCAGGGGCUACAUCAGGGGCAGGAGGUGACCCAGGGGCUACAUCAGGGGCAGGAAACGGGGCGAGGUGGGCUGGACACAGGAGAGGAGGUACACCCUGAGUUGAGAGAGGAGUUACACAACGGGUUGAGGGAAAAGAUGGACAAGGAGAUGGACAAGGAGAUGGGGAAGGAGAUGGAGAUGGGGAAGGAGAAGGGGAAGGAGAUGGGGAAGAAGAUGAGACAUGAGCUGAACCACAAACACAGGAAGACAAAGGGCUUCCAGAAGACUGAGAUACAGGACGACAUGAUGAUGAUGAUGACCUAUUCUAUGGUGCCGGUCAAAGUGUUGUUGGAUAUCUGUAACAGCACCAAGGGAGUCUGCAUAGCUGGACCACCCGGCCCUCCUGGACCCCCUGGGCUACCUGGCCUGCAUGGUCUGCCUGGGCACAAUGGCACUGAUGGCAUCCCAGGACUAGAUGGACUGCCUGGGACUGAUGGAAAACGAGGGAAGAGAGGUGAGAAAGGUGAGCCGGGAGAGAAAGGAGAUAGAGGAGACCCAGGACCUGCAGGGGAAAAUACACAAUCGUCCAAUGAUGUCAUCUUGGAGGGCCCCCCAGGUCCGGCUGGUCCUCCUGGUACUCCAGGCCCCAUUGGCCCUCCUGGACCUCCUGGCCCACAAGGACCCAGGGCGCCCCCCAGAAACAGGAGCCACCGGGCCAAUCUUCCCAUCCACGCUGCCCAGACCCUGGAUCCGUCACAUGCUGUACCAAAUGAUGGGACUCUGUCCACCAAAGAGACUGGGAAGUUACAAGAGAUACCACUAAAUAAGAAAAACGAGUGCAUCAUCAAGUCACUGAUCAACCCCCGUAACGUGUCUAAGAUGGAGAGUACGUUCGGAACGUGGAUGAAAGACACGGCUGUGCUGAACGACAAACGCAUCUGGGUGGCCGAACACUUCUCUGGUCGCACGGUGAAGGAGUAUAAGAGCAUCACCUCAUUCCAGAAUGCCACCUGUGAGGUCAUCGACGGCAGGAAGUUCUACCAGGGGUGUGGCCAUGCUGUUCAUAACGGAUCCUUCUACUAUCACAUCGCCGGAACCACCAACCUGGCCAGGUUCGACCUGCAGUCCAAGCGUCUCCACACCCUGGCCAUCGACAAUGCUCUGUACCACAACCUGUCCUACCUUCUAUACAACUCCAAGACCUACUUCAAGCUUGCAGCGGAUGAGAACGGCCUGUGGCUGAUCUUUGCCUCCAGUCUAGACGACAGCAUUAUGGUGGCCCAGCUGGACCUGAAGAGCUUCUCCGUCACAUCAUACAUCAACACCACCUACCCCAGGACCAAGGCCGGCAACGCCUUCGUGGCCUGUGGCGUGCUCUACGUCACCGACACCAAGGACACCUGUGUGACCUUCGCCUUUGACCUCCUGAAGGGGAAACCGGUCAACGUGGCCUUUGACCUGAGGUCCCCUGGUGGGGUGCUGGCCAUGCUGUCCUAUAGCCCCAAUGACAGACACCUGUAUGUGUGGGAUCAGAGCUACGUGAAGCUGUAUAUGGUGCGCUUCAUCUCUGAUGACUGAGACAGUGUUUUGACGGAAUUCUGAUAGUGUUUUUAUGGUAUUCUGAGGAUGUUUUAAUGGUAUUCUGAGGGUGUUUUGAUGGCAUUUUUCCAGUAUUUUGACAGUAUUCGGAUGGUAUUUUAAUGGUAUUCUGAUUAAAGAUGGCCAGCUUUUUCAAGUGCUUAAUUAAGAUGAACAGCACUCGUGAAUAUGAUGGUUAUUUUUUAUUUAGAAUAUGUACGGCUUCUCUUUAGUUUUAUGCCAUCUCAACAAGGACUCUUUUCUAAUGGCUUUUUGGGACUGCUGGCUGGGAUAAAACACCCUCUUUGUGAGUGCUGUUAAAAUAUUUAUUUAAAUUGGAUUACAGCUUCCAAAGACCCACACACUGUACCUUUUCCAAUGUAGAGGUUAACUGAAUAAGGGCUUAUCAGAGUAGGAAGUAGAUCAUUAUAAUAUAAUUGUUAUUGUCUAUAUUGUAUUGUGGCGAUGGUUUAAACAGUAAAAUAAUUGCUGUACUGUUUUCCAUAUGAGAUCGUGGAAUUAUCUUUUUGUAAGGAUUCUCACUAACCGUUUGACUUGUUAUAUAUUGUUUUUAUGUCUCUCACUUGUAUAUUAUAUUUAUUUGGAAAAUGUAAGUCUUUUUUAAGGUCUACCCUGGAAACCUGGCUUUUUGUGGAGUAACUACUAUUUAUAGCUGUAAAACCCUUAGACUUUCCCUGUGACUGCAUGACAAAAUAUGUAUCAGAAAUUAGUUUCCAUAUUUACUUGAAUCCUACCAUGACCAGCAUCCCUUACAGAGAGCAAAAUGUUUUAAAAAUACCUAUAUUGAAAAUCUGUACAUAUGUUUAUUCCCGACAAUGAUAUUUUCCGCUGCAUGGUCUCUACUGAUUAUCAUGCCUAGAGAGAGAAAAUACAGAAACAAGCAUAAAAUCAACCUGAUGAAAUAAAAAUGAUUUAUUCAACUUACAAAGGUAGAACUUUGACCACGGUAGAACAGCCUGCUAUAUAUUCCUGUCUCUCUCUGGACUCUCUCUAGUUCUCUAGUCAUAGCCUCACCAUAGUGAGCUUUAGAUAUAUACUGUACAUACCUGAACAACACUUUACCUAAAGCACCUUGUUAUGAAGUGUUAAUAUCUUAUAUAGACAUGAAUAUCCCCUUAUAGAUGUUAUAGAGCAUUAUGAAGUGUUAAUAUCUUAUAUAGACAUGAAUAUCCCCUUAUAGAUGUUAUAGAGCAUUAUGAAGUGUUAAUAUCUUAUAUAGACAUGAAUAUCCCCUUAUAGAUGUUAUAGAGCAUUAUGAAGUGUUAAUAUCUUAUAUAGACAUGAAUAUCCCCUUAUAGAUGUUAUAGAGCAUUAUGAAGUGUUAAUAUCUUAUAUAGACAUGAAUAUCCCCUUAUAGAUGUUAUAGAGCAUUAUGAAGUGUUAAUAUCUUAUAUAGACAUGAAUAUCCCCUUAUAGAUGUUAUAGAGCAUUAUGAAGAAUGUACCAUAAAGCAAAACAAGGCUCGGUACCUUUUUGUAAGGCGCCUUGCAUGUUAUUGCUUCACUGUGAUGUUUUUAAUGGUACUCUAUGACUGCAUCUAUAAGGUGACCUAUGAAUGUUUAUAAGGCAUUAUAAGGCUUCAUAAGUACUAGCAUUAUACACACGACAGAAGGUAGAAUAUGCAAACAUAGAUGUCAGAGAUCAGACGUGGUACCCAGAGGGAGGGAAGGAAACACAAAUCUGUUUAAUAAUAAAAACAAUACAAACAUUUAACAAAAGAUACAACUAAUCCAGCCGGUAUGAUACAAAACAAAAAAUUAAGUAAAACGCUUUCAUGUUUGUACAAGCUGCUGUGGUAUUUGAUAUAUUUAUAUAUUAAAACUAUUUCACUUUUUACUACUAGGCCAAAUACAGCCAGACAUUCAUUUGUAUGUAACAGUAGUUUCUUUGUUCUUCUCAUAGCCUAUUCGUUUUGAAAUAAACUUUUAGUGUCCCCAGA